AUGAGGACCCUCUCCUCCCUCAGCCUGGGCCUAGCCCUCUCCCACGGCGCCCUCUCCCUCACCAUCAACACCCAACCCUCCCUCCUCCAAUUCCGGACCCCUUCUGUGACCGCCGACUCCCUGCACAAUGUACACCUCGACUUCGCCGACUCCUCCUUCGAAGGUGACCUGCACAUCGUCUACGGCGACUGCGACUCAACCUCCACAAGCAACCACCACCACUCCCUCGGCACCCUCUCCAUCAAACGCGACGCCCACCCCGAGCGCAUCGUCUGGAUCACACCAUCCGACGCACCACAUCUCUCCUGCCUACACGCCUUCUCCUCCGACCACAUCCUCCUCGGCCGCUCUUCCCCAAUCCCCAUCUCCUCCCCCAUCGUCCGCCGCGAACCCCUCGCAAUCGCCGACUACGCCGACGCAAUGGGCCCCUGGUUCGACGGCGUCGCAUACAUGUCCGCGCAAGAACCCGGCAAGACCGCCGUCGCCAACGCAAAGAACAGCUCCAUCGCCAUCAUCGGCGGCGGCAUGUCCGGCCUCAUGACCUCGCUCCUCCUCUCCUCCGUCGGCCUACACAACUGGCACAUCCACGAAUCGUCGCACCGCGUCGGCGGCCGCAUCCGCACGCAGUACCUCAACAACACCACCCCCGAGCAAUACCAGUACCAGGAAAUGGGCCCCAUGCGCUUCCCCGUGUCCAUCACAUACCCCGAGCAGAACGAGACGCUCGAGAUCCAGGACCACAAGAUGGUCUUCCAGCUCGGCGACACUCUCACCAAGAUGAACGAGAAGACCCACCCCGACCUCCGCGUCGACUUCAUCCCCUUCAUCCAGACUAGCGAGAACGUCCCCGCCUCCGCAGGCGGGAACCGGCUACCGAACGGCCGCAUACCAACCGCUGGACAGGUCGCAGCCAACCCAGACCUAGUCUACACAGCGGCAGGCCCGAACACAACAACCGUCGACGAAGCCGAGUCUGCAUACGAGGCAUACCUCUCCCACGACGGCCUCUCCACCAAAAAGGUCGCGGACAACAUCUUCCGCGCGCACAAGACCGCCGUCGAGCACGGGCUCUUCCACUGGUCCGAAGCCGGAUACCUGCGAUACGCCCUCGGAUACUCCGACAACGUCACAGACUACGUCGCGGGCUCGGGGCCCGAAAGCCCAAUGUGGGGAGACAUCUACGACAACGUAUACUUCGCGGCAACAGAAUUCCGCACAAUCGACAAGGGUCUCGAGUCCCUGCCCCGCGCAUUCUACCCACACAUCGCCAACAAAACAACCUUCAACCGGAAGAUCACGGGUCUGAGAUACAACGAGACAUCCUCCAAAAUCGCGGUGACAUGGCGCGACGACCCGCUCGCUAUGGACCCCGAGAGCCAAGAAUACGACUACGCCGUCGUGGCCGCCCCCUUCAGCAAAGUCCGCCUGUGGGAUCUCCCCCGCUACUCGAGCUUACUGUCCCGCGCAAUCGACGAAAUGAACUACAGCCCCUCCUGCAAACUCUCCCUCCUCUACACCUCCCGCUUCUGGGAACACCAGUCCCCAAACCCGAUCUUCGGCGGCUGCGGGAGCGUCGACGUCCCAGGCGUCGGCUCAAUCUGCUACCCGUCCUUCAACAUGAACGGCACGGGGCCGGGCGUCGUCCUAGCCAGCUACAUCUCCGGGACAAACGCGCGGAGCGUCGGGGCCCUCAGCGACGAGGACUACGUGGGCAUUGUGCAGCGCGCAAUGGUCUCGUUCCACGGGGACAUUGCGGCGAAGGAGUUCAGCGGGAUCUAUAACCGGCAGUGUUGGGAGGUGGACGAGCACCAGGCCGGGGCGUGGGCGAGUCCGCUGGUGGGCCAGCAGGAUCUGUUCCUGCCUGCGUAUUACAACACGGAGUUCAAGACGAUUUUCGUGGGCGAGCAUACGAGUUACACGCAUGCGUGGAUCUUUUCGGCGCUGGAUAGUGCGGUGCGUGGGACGGUGCAGCUUCUUCUUGAUCUGGGGCUGGUGGAUGAGGCGAAAUCUGUUGUGGAGGAGUGGAUGGGGCGUUGGAUUAAGCUGUAG